UGGGGGGGCGGGGGACAGCAGGAGUGGCCCAAGAUUGUUAGAUCAGAAACUGCAAAAGUCAAGAUAUUAGAUUCCAGGGAACUCCCUGGCCGUCCAGUGGUUAAGACUCCGAGCUCCCAAUGCAGGGGGCACGAGUUCGAUCCCGGUUGGGGAACUAAGAUCCCUCAUGCUGCUUGGCUCAGAGUUAAAAAAAAACAAACAAAAAAUUAGUUCCAGUUUUAGAAUCAUGGAAUUUAGGGAAUUCUCUGGUGGUCUAGUGGUUACGACUGGGCACUUGCAUUGCGGGGGGCCUGGGUCCUGUGCCGGGUGUGAGAACUUAAAUCUUGCAAGCCGGGCAUGUGGCAUGGCCGGGGUUAAAAAAAAAAAAGAAUCAUGGAAUUUAAAAACUGUAGAAUGUCUGUGUGUGCUGAUCCUCCUCCUGUCAGAUGUCAACCUCCACGCCGCAGUCUCUGAAACGUGGAGGGUGAUGUGAUGGACUGAGCCCUGUUGUCCCUGAGAGUGACUCCCUCCCAGGGUUGGGAUCAAGAUGACUCUGGAAUGUGGGUAGAACAGGGCCCAGAGCAGAGGAAACUCACUCAUCCAAGUGGUGGCUCUUAACCCAGACUGUGGCACGUGGCCCUGUAUUGAGUGGGUCUUAACAUAAAUGCCACCCCACUGCUGAGGCUUUCCCGGGCUACACAGCACAUCCUCUGCAUUCCAGAGCACUUAUCAGAGGGAGACAGGCACUUUAAUUCAUUCAUUUGACUUUUGCUCCUUGCAUUUCUCUCUCAUGUUGGCUUCCUGAGGGUGGCGGGCCACUGUGUUCAAGGCUGGGCCCAGAACUGCACCUGGCACACAGUAGGUGCUGAAGAAACGCUUCUUGAAUGAAUGAAUGUUAGAAAUAAGAUGUUGCGGGGAAUUCUCUGGUGGUCCAGUGGUUAGGACUUGGCGCUUUCACUGCCGGGCCUGGGUUCAGUCCAUAGUCGGGGAACUAAGAUCCCACAAGCCAUGCAGCACAACGAAAAAAAAAAACAAAGAAUUAAGAUGUAACAAUCAGCAAGCAGGAGUAGCAUCAUAGAAUAUUAGGAAGUGAGGCUCAAGUCAUUAGGAACUUGACUCAGGUGGGGAGGAAGGGGAGAGGGGGUCCUAGGCCGAUAUCCCUGAGGCCCGGAGACCCCAGGACCAGAUGCCUCCCAUGGCCCUGCCCCCACCCGCCUCAGUGUUCCAGGUCUCCUGACGCCAUGGGCACGAGAUACUUCCUGGUUGGGUUUCUCAUCCUCCUGGUGUUGGGAUUCGAGGUCCAAGGGGCCCAUGUUCCCCAGCAAGACGAGGCCUCCAGACCUACCCUGCUCACCCAGAUGCAGGAGUCACUCUUAGGUUACUGGGACACAGCCAAGGCAGCCGCCCAGAAGCUGUACAAGAAGACAUACCUGCCCACUGUGGAUGAGAAAAUCAGGGACAUAUACACCAAGAGCACGGCAGCUGUGACCACCUAUGCAGGGAUUAUUACUGACCAGGUCUUUUCUAUGCUGUCAGGAAAAGAUUAACAGCUGGGCCCCCAGUCACGGGGGAGUCCAGGCUCCAGCAACUCCCUGGGUCCCCUGAUCUACACCCCUGCCCACUUCCUUGCAACUCUCAGCAUCCUGUUCCCAAUUCUAGCCUGACUUAUCAAUAAUAAUAAUAAAGCCAAGUUUAUUCUUUUCAA